CUGUAACUUUCAGCUAGAACAGAAGGCAGCGCCAUAGUUACAUGGUGCGUCCACGAGCAUAGACGCGCGUCGCGAGUCGUAACGUUUUUAAAACAUACCAGUUACUUACGUGAUUUUUUUAAACUACACAAUGAUAAUUUAACGUAAAAUAAUUAAACCGCGGUACGUUUUAUUUGAACGCGAUAACGUCGUAAAAAUACGUAAUCGUAAUCAGAGUGUAGUACAUUUGGACCGUGAAGGAAGCCUUGAAAGUUAUUUAAAUUUCUGUCGUGCCAGUGUAGAAUAUAAUUAUUUAUUUGGAGAUGAAGUAGCAAUAUGAGCGAGGCCGUGGAUAUAAACCAGGCCACCCAGGAAACUGGGACUAGUGCGCCUCAGAAUGCAAAUAAAAGGAUCCCCGUUAUAAACAGACCAGUGCCUAAGAAGACUUUGGAGUCCCGGCUAUGGGACUUAUUACAACCCAUUGCCAGAUUAUGGGGACUUAUAACGGCUAUAGUGAUGAGCGGCGCGGGGGCACAGCUCACUGUCUUGGACUAUGAAGUAGCUCCUGGCUUAAUUGUGGGAGCCAUUCUGAUCUUCCUGCUGGAGACGAUGUGGGUGGCGGCGCUGUUCGUGGACCUGCUGUGCCGGCGCGGCGAGUACUCCAUGAAGCUGCGCUGCUGGGACUUCCUGCGCUGGUCGUGCGGUCGAGCGCGCGCGCCCUUCUAUGCUUGUGUGGCCACCGCCAUACUGUUUGCUAACCUCACCAUACUAGCCACCGUCUCAGGUGGAAUGCUGCUUGUUCUGGCAGCGUUACGGGCGACAGUGCCCUUCUCUCCGUAUGCGACGCACGGACCGCACUCGCCUCGAGCGGGCAGCACCCUGCUGAGUCAGCAUGAUUCUGUUCUACCUGAUGUGUACUACAACGCCGCGCAAUCAGCUGAUGAUAGAUGCGAAGAAAUGACUGUACUUGACGUGAAGACUCCUGAAAGAUCUCGCUCGGUAACGCCGAAACCUCGGCUCCUAGAACUUUGACCUGUUUGACUUUGACGUGAAAAAAUUUAAAUUACACACGAAAUUCCGGAGACACCAAGCCAAUUCACUAACUUUGACGUACUAAUAAAUGUUAGUGGACAUAAUAAGAAAAGUGAAUACCCAUCUCCGGCCCAGGCAAACCCUAACCACCCCGCAAUUUUGUAUAUCUAAAAAAAUCUUGAUAAUUUUACUUUAAUAAUAAAAUCAUUACUUUCUCAAAAAAAGUUUGCUACAACGUUUUACGUUUUUUUUAAUUCAUCUUCAAUUUGUACAUAAGGGGGACAAAGUAAGUCGUUGAUCAUACAGCCUGAGUUUUAUGAUAUUUUUUGAAGACUUGAUUGGUUUGUUUGUUCGAUUUCUUUUUUUUUUUGUUAAUUUUCUGGGGAAAAAAAUACUAUUUACCUUUAUAGAGUGGGGCAUUUAGAAGUGUUUGUAAAAUCGGCUGGGAUAUUUGAGCGGAUAAUACAGCUUAAAAUGUUACUUCGUCGCUUCUAUACACCGGCGAAAAUUUUUAGCAAAAAGGGUCAUAAAAAAAAAAUCACAAAGGGUCAUAAAGUCACGUGAUUUCGUAUACACUAUUCAUUUAAUGAUCUGAAAUCAAAUCAAAAUUAUGAUUGUAGGUAAAAAAUUACAUCCGGUAUUUAUUAGCCCUUGACUACAAUCUCACCUUGACUGGUAAGUGAUGAUGCAAUCUAAGAUGGAAGCGGGCUAACUUGUUAGGAGGAGGAUAAAAAUCCACACCCCCUUUGAUAUCUACACGAAAUCGUAUUGGAACGCUAAAUCGCUUGACGGUAACCCUUUCGGUAGGCUGGUAACAAGCCACGGCCGACGCCAAAAACCUGAACAUUUCGUGGCUUGAUAAGGUAGAUGACAUUUCCCAGUCGACAUUGUGAAACGUUAUUUAAAUAUACCUAAUUCUCAUCAAAAAAUCGAAACAAACCGCAAGUAUUGUUCAGACAGCCUGUUGCGAUUUUUCUGAUGAGAAGUAUAUUAGGUAGCUAACAUACGUCAAAGUUAAUGAAUUGGCCAACAGUUUUUCGGAUGUGCAUUGUACAUGUCCGAAGUAGAAGCCAUAAGCUUUUUAUACUCUGCACGCGUUGCCACAAGCUUCGGACUUUAAAACUAGUCGGACUAACUUUGUGCGGCGAAAACAAAGUAGAACAUGGGAUUUUAUAUGCGUUGUAAAACUAAAGCUACAUUUAACAGUUUUAUUAAAAGUCAUCACUUUUUUAACGACGCAAAUGUUAUAAGUUUGACCUGUCUGUCUGUCUGUCUGUCUUUGGUACAUAGCUCCAUAAGGAUGAAGCAAUUUCAAUAUAGUUUUUUUUUUGUAUCAAAUGACUUCCGUUUUUAUACAUAUUUGAUGAAAAUCGGUUGAGCCGUUUAUAAAUUGUGGGGGUUGAAAGUGGGGAAGCGACCGAAUGACUGUAAUUACACUCGAGUGGGAAAGAUUGACGACUUGAUCGAGAGUGUACCUAAUUAAUAAUUUCAUGUCAUUCGGGGGUUUUUCAAAAUUUUCAAAUUUUUUAUUUAUCUAAUAAUAUCUGGUUUUAUAGAUAUCAUGUCCAUACUAACAUUUUUAUUACAAACACUGAUUUAUAAUUACCUAGCGGACACAAGCCACUGUGUAAUACGAGUAUCUUCAAAUUUCAAAAAAAACGUUUCAUACAAAAUUUUAAUUUGUAUUUUACACACGGAUUUAUAAUUACUUAGCAGACACAAGCCACCGCGUGUAAUAAAUAUCUUCAAACUUCAAAGAAAAUAUUUCAUACAAAGUUGUAUUUUUUCCUUUCUUCUUAUGGGUUUAAAUUACCAAUAAUUAUGCUGAGUAAGAAAGGAUUUUCCUUUCUUACUCAGCAUCCAUUUCAUCAAGUAUCAUUGUAUAAUUUCCAAUCAUACUUGAUGAAAUGGAUGAUAUCAAUGCUCAAUAUAAAAAAUCGACCUAGACUUCGAUUCAAAUAGGACGUAAUCUUAAGAUUUUUUUUAUGCCUAAAUUGCUGAACCAAUUUUGGUACAGAAUACAAAUAUUACAGUUUUUUGGCGCUUACCUAUAUAAAACUUGAAGCUUGUAUGAAAAACUGUAUUUAAUAUUUUUUAGAAAUCUUUUGACUGACUAAAACAAUCAUGAGUAACACAACACGUAAGUAGAGUGUAGAGUGAGUAUUCAUAUUAAUUGAUUAUGAAAAACAACUAACGUGAUCUUAGGUCGGAAUAUGCCCGUUUCGAACCCAUACGGGGCCCUUAGUCCUGAGCUGGUUCUUGCAUCUUUUAGUAUUUGUAGUAUAUUUUACAAUUUCAUGCAUUAAUGAAAAAUAACAAAUACAUCAUCUCUUGAAAUAAUUUAUUUAUAAAUAAAUAUUAAACCAUACACACAGUAUGGUGUACAAUGACUAUUAUUUUUUAAAUCUCGAUUCACAUUAAUUUUCUUUCCACGAAAGUGGCAAGUAAGCGAGCAUCCCGUGGAAAUCACUGAAUCACAAAUUAUUAAUUUAAGCUAACAAAACUUAGUGCUAGUAAUAAUUGGACAAUUAAUUUAACUUUUAUAUUAUGUCCUGAAGAUCUGUGAUAGUAUACCUAGAUUUUUUUAGUUACAUAUAAGUGUAUUUAUGACAUAAUAAUGUAUCUAAUACAACGAUUUUGUUGGAAUUGUAACUUAUGAGUGUAUCAAUAAAGAUAUUGAUUGUA